AUGGUGCCUUACACUAAUGCGAUUGCAUGUAGAGUAUGUGAUAAAAUCUUUUCACAUCCUCUGCCAUUACUCUAUCAUUUUAAUCAAGUGCAUGGAAGAGAAGGUUAUGUGUACACUAAUGCAAUUGCAUGUAGAGUAUGUGAUAAAAUCUUUUCACAUCCUCUUCCAUUACUAUAUCAUUUUGAUCAAGUGCAUGCAAGAGAAGGUUAUGUGCUAGAAAAACAACGAAGUGGUUACCCUGUGUCAAGGACGACACAUUUCAAGUUAAAUUCUAAACAAGGUCACUCUCAAUUUGCUUCAAGAGCAAAUGGUCAAGCUAAUUUUCGUUCAAUGAGUGAAGAAUCACAUUCAAGGGGUCAAGUGCACAAAAUUAAGGAGUUGAACCUAUUUGACUUCACAAAUGCUUUAAUCAAGAAUCCCGACAAGCCAUUCAUUUUUGAAAAUGUUGAAGCAGAUGAAGAUCAAAAUGUGGACUUAGAAUUGAAGCUCUAGAAUGUGAUGAAAU